AUGCAUCCUUUACACGCAGCGACACUUCUCUCGCUCGGAUGGGCCGUCGCCGCAUUUGAUCCGGCAAAACGAUAUGCGUGCAGCAGCAGAGACUACGACUUUUGCCUAGACUCAUUUGUCUGGUGCGCCAGCCCAAACGAUGAUGACGAUAACAAGGGUUGCUCGUUCCCCGAAAACACCUUUCCCUACUACGACCGUGAGUCCGGGAGCAACCCGGCCUUGCUCCUCUGGAGCAAAAACUACACCAUUACAUGGAAGAAGACGGACGACAAGUAUCCCGUCCAGCUGCGGUGGGGCUUCUCGGUGCAGAGAGAUCCCCAGAAAUCUGGUUCCUGGUCAAAGAAUAUCACCAAGGGGGCCAAGAGCUUUUCGUUCACGUUCGAGGACCUUGCCGCUGAGAUUGGCAAUUCGUCCGACACCAACUUUACCGUCGCCGAAGUGAAGGGCUUCGCAGCGGACCUUACCAAUUCUUUCCAAAUCAGCCAGCCUGAAAAGUACGCCGCACAGGGAGAGGAAAACCGCUUCGACCACUCUGAUCAGUUCACCGUCCUGGACGAUAUAGCGUCCCGCUAUCUGAAGACGCAAGAGCAAAUUUCCCACCGCCAGACAUAUCACAAGUGGAAGCUUGGCGUCGGUAUCGGUGUUGGAGUCGGGGUCCCCAUUCUCAUGAUUGUAUCCAUGGUCAUGGGCUGGUGCCUCGGGAAAAGGGGCAGAGCGAAGCGGACCCCGAAGACCGUCUCUCCAAGGGCGUCGAUGGAAUAA